AUGGAGGCAACCGAAUAUACUUCGUUGAUUGUUCUGAAGCCAAAUGGACCUCGUAGGAAACGCUUCUUCACGAGAGCUGUGAUUGCUUUGGUGAUGACUAUCGCCAUUAUUUCCACUUAUUUGUCGUACAGAUCAAGCCUUUGGAAUGCAGUGUACACGGUUCGGUACCCAGAAUUGAAUAAACCACUCAGGGUGCGUCUUUAUACCCAUAACAUUCGAUUUGAUAACCACAAUCUCGACAAGCACGAACGGUACUGGUCGGAAAGAAAGCACUUGGUAACUUCUUCCAUCGACUAUAACACAGAUGCUAGUUUUGCUAGUGUGGUAUGUCUUCAGGAAGUGUUACACCACCAAUUGCAGGACAUUUUGUUCAACUUGAACAACAAAGAUACGAGGGAUGAAUGGACCUAUUAUGGAGUCGGUCGCUCUGAUGGCUAUACGCGUGGAGAAUACGCUCCAAUCUUGUACAGAACUUCAGACUGGGAUCUUGUAGACAACAAGACGUUUUGGUUGCUGGAAACCCCGCGUAUUCCCAGUAAGGGCUGGGAUGCUGCACUUGAAAGAAUUGUCACGAUGGUGACCCUUCGGUCGAAAUUGAACCCGCUCGUCACGUUAAACUUUUUCAACACGCAUUUUGAUCAUCGUGGAAAGGCGGCGAGAAGACAUCUGGCCCAGCUUAUUGCCAACAAGAUGGAAAAUUACAACAAUUAUCCUUCAUUUCUUUGCGGUGACUUCAAUACCCAGCCAACAGAUGAACCAUACCAGAUUCUCAUCAAACAUGGUAUGAAAGAUUCUCGUGCUCUUAUUGAUCACCUACACCACUAUGGGCAUACUGGCACUUUUACUGGGUUCAACAAACAUAAUGAAGCAAAUUCGGUCAUCGACUAUGUGUGGGCACCAUAUUUUGCAGAGAAUGGUAACGAUCAACCUUCAAUGGAAACCACCGAAUCGAUCAAUUACUACAAUUGGGACUUCCACAAAACCCACAAGAUUGCUCUUCGGUCGUUUGCUAUUCUCCACUCAUACUAUGAUUUCUACAUGAGCGACCAUAGGCCGGUAUCGGCGGACUACGAUGUGUCGAGGACAUUUUUCUGA